AUGGAGCAGCAUACCAUGGAUAUCAUUGUGGCUGGCACAUGGUUUGCAAUAUUAAUCUAUGCAGUGAUCGCAAAUAUUCUACUAGCUAUACUUAUCGUUAGUAGCACCGAAACACGUACACUUACCAGCUAUUGGAUUGUUGGUUCCUUUUCCCUGAGUGAAGUAGGCAUGGCAAUGACUGCUUUAUUUCAUGUGGUACCAUUUGUUUUACUACAUGAAGCAUUUUCCAAAAACGAGUCGACCAGUGAUUUUUUGAUGCUAUCAGGCUAUCACUCAUUCUGGGCUGUAUCCCUCAUGCACCUAGUUCUGAUGGCUUUGAACAGGUUAGCGAUAAGGUAUACUUUCUCUUGCCGCUAAUA